AUGCCCAAGAUCUACAAGCCAGGAAAGGUCGCCGUCGUCCUUAGCGGCCGUCACGCCGGUAAGAAGGUUGUCGUCAUCAAGCAGUUCGAUGAUGGCUCCAAGGACAAGUCGUUCCCUUACAUUGUUGCCGCUGGUAUCGAGCGCUACCCACAGAAGGUGACCAAGCGCAUGGGGGCCAAGAAGAUCGCCAAGCGCUCCAAGGUCAAGCCUUUUGUCAAGGUGAUCUCGUACAACCACCUCAUGCCCACCCGAUACGCUCUCGAGCUUGAGGGUCUCAAGGGUGCCGUCACCCAGGACACCUUCAAGGAGCCUUCGCAACGCGAGGAUGCCAAGAAGCAGAUCAAGCAGAUCUUCGAGGAGAAGUACACCUCGGGCAAGAACAAGUGGUUCUUCACCCCCCUCCGUUUCUAA